AAUUUUUUUUUUUUUUUUUCAAAGUGAUACGAGUUUCGAUGAUUCAUCAAUAUGUUAGUCGCACAAGCUGAUGUACCUGUCCGAAUGGAUUAUAUUAUAACAGAAGGAAGGCCAGAGCUGACAAAUUCAGAUUGGAGGCGACAUCGUCGUAUUGUAAAUCCUACUUUUCGAAACUUACCAUUAAUUGUAUUUGUUGAAUUUGCUGCGAAAUUGUUGGAUAUCAUGGAAAAAGUUGAUAAUAAACCUAUAGAAAUUAGUAAUCUAAUGCGCAGAUUGACUUUAGACGUUCUUGGAAAAAUUUUUAGUACGUAUAAGUAUAUAUAUGUUUAUCUACUUUCCUUUGAAAAAAAAAAUAAAGUUGUUGAGGCUAAUCGUUAA